GACGUCACAGCUCACCUGGAGAUCCGCCGCGUCAUCGUGGCCGACAAACCCUUCCAGUGCCCCUCGUGCCCCAAAUCCUUCAAGCGCUCGUGGGAGCUGCUGAGCCACGGCGCCGUGCACACCGAGGCGCGUCCCUUCACCUGUCCCCUGUGCCCGGCCACCUUCAAGCGCCACUCGGACUUCAAGAGCCACGCCCUGGUGCACACGGAGGAGCGGCCGCACCGCUGCGAGCUCUGCGGSAARCGCUUCAAGCGCUCCUCCAACCUGCACGAGCACCUGCGCAUCCACAGCGCCGAGCGCCCCUUCACCUGCGCCGGCUGCGCCAAAGCCUUCAAAACGCCCUACGAGCGCCGCCGCCACGCCCUGACGCACCUGGGCGGCUCCGAAAAGCCGUUCCGGUGCGGGGAGUGCGGCCGCGAUUUCCCGGCGGCUUCGGCGUUGUUGCUGCACCGGCGACGGCGCUGCGGUGACAAUGCCACCGCUCCCGGUCACACCUGCGGGGUGUGCGGCAAACGCUUCGCUUACGGCCACAGCCUCAAGGUGCACGAGCGCGUCCACACGGGCGACCGGCCCUUCCGCUGCGGGCUGUGCGGCAAAGCCUUCAAGCAGUCCAACGCGCUGGCCUCGCACGCGCGCGUGCACACGGGGGAGCGGCCGUUCCGCUGCGGGCUCUGCGGCAAAUCCUUCAAGCAGUCGUCGUACCUGGCGGUUCACCGGCGGGCGCACACGGGCGAGCGGCCCUACGRCUGCGACGCCUGCGGGAAAGCGUUYGCSAGGCCCUCGCUGCUGCUGCAGCACCGCAGGGUCCACUCGGCCGAGCGGCCGCACCGCUGCGGCCACUGCCACAAGGUGUUCAAGGACCCCGCUUACCUGAGCGUGCACGAGAAGGUGCACACGGGGGAGACGCCGUACAGGUGCGGGGUGUGCGCCAAGGGGUUCGCGCACCCGUCCAAUCUGCACCAGCACCGGCGCGUGCACCGAGACACCUGAGAGACAGGGGUGAGGAUGCGAAAUUUGUGACCCUGGACAGGUGUAGACCCUAAAAAUCCAGAAUGGACCCCAAAAUUCUGCAGGAGAAACACCAGAACCCCACAGAUGAAGCUCCAGGUGAGGGAACCUUGAAUCUGCAAACCUGGACAGGUGUGGACCCCAAAAACCUGAAAUGGACCCCAAAAUUCUGCAGGAGAAACACCUGAACUGCAACACCUGUGCCUCAGGUGAAGGGACUUUGUAUUGGUGACCCAGGAUAGGUGUGAACCCUAAAAACCCAACUUUGGACCCCAAAAUCGUGCAGCAGAAACACCUGAACUGCAACACCUGAGCUGCAGGUGUGAGAACCCAAAAUUUGUGACCCAGGACAGGUGUGGAGCCCAAAAAUCCACUCUGGACCCCAAAACUCUGCAGCAGAAACACCUGAACUGCAUCACCUGAGCACCAAGUGAAGAUACCCCAGAUCUGCACACCUGGACAGGUGUGGAACCCAAAAACCUGAAAUGGACCCCAAAAUCGUGCAGGAGAAACACCUGAACUGCAUCACCUGAGCUACAGGUGAAGGGACCUUGUAUUGCUGACCCAGGAUAGGUGUGAACCCCAAAAACCUGGAAUGGACCCCAAAAUCGUGCAGGAGAAACACCUGAACCCCACAGAUGAAGCUCCAGGUGUGGGAACCUUGAAUCUGCACACCUGGACAGGUGUGGACCCCAAAAUUCCACUUUGGACCCCAAAACUCUGCAGCAGAAACACCUGAACUGCCACACCUGAGCCUCAAGUGAGGGAACCCAAAAUUGGUGACCCAGGACAGGUGUGAACCGCAAAAACCCAACUUUGAACCCCAAAAACCUGCAGGAAAAACACCUGAACUGCCACACCUGAGCUGCAGGUGAGGAGACCCCAAAUCUGCACACCUGGACAGGUGUGAACCCAAAAAAUCCACUCUGGACACCAAAAUUCUGCAGGAGAAACACCUGAACAGCAUCACCUGAGCCUCAAGUGAGGGAACCCAAAAUUUGUGACCCUGGACAGGUGUGAACCCCAAAAACCCAGAAUGGACCCCAAAAACUGCAGCAGAAACACCUGAACUGCAACACCUGAGCUGCAGGUGAAGGGACCCGAAAUUUGUGACCCUGGACAGGUGUGGACCCCAAAAACCUGAAAUGGACCCCAAAAAGCUGCAGCAGAAACACCUGAACUGCCACACCUGAGUUCCCAAUGUGGGAACCCGAAAUUUGUGACCCAGGACAGGUGUGGACCCCAAAAAUCUGAAAUGGACCCCAAAAACUGCAGCAGAAACACCUGAACACCAUGGACAAAGCUCCAGGUGUGGGAACCUUGAAUCUGCACACCUGGACAGGUGCGGACCCCAAAAAUCCACUCUGGACCCCAAAAUUCUGCAGCAGCGACACCUGAACUGCCACACCUGAGCUACAGAUGAGGGGACCCCAAAUGUGUGACCCAGGACAGGUGUGGACCCC